CAUGCAAUGCGCGGCGGGUAUUUCAAGAUGGCCUUCUAUUGGACGGUGUUUGAAAAUGCUACGUGUUUGAAUUGACGACGGGAUUACCACUUUCAAAUUAGAGUUUAUUUGUUAAAAACACAAUAAUACUUUGAGAACAAUAUAGUUUACCAAAAAGAAUGGCUGAUGAAACAGUGGUCAGAGGAAAACAUCACAAACUAAAGAGGAUUGUGCAGAAAAAGGCAAAAGUUGGCUUAAACACAUCAGGCUCUGUCAGCUAUUACAAGAAAGUAAAGGCUGCUUUAAAUGCCAGCUUAAACUCCUCCAGAGUCAGGAAAUCUCUUGCAGCUAACAACAGGGCAUUAGCUCAGUCACUGCAACAGGUGAAACAAGAACUGCGAAAUGCAUACAAUGAGAUUGCUCAUCUAAAGGUGGAAAACCAAGAAAUGACCAUUCGCUUAAUGCGCAGUGAGCAGCUACAAAGUGGCAGUGGAGAGCAAGCUAUUUUGGAGCAGCGACUACAGAGUUUACGCUCUCUGUUACAUGAGAUGAGCCGACAUCUGCUGGACGUGGGCACAUGCUUGAAUGAUGGCAUUGAUUUAUGCUUGCUAACUCCACGCACAUCUCAGGGCUCUAAUGAUACACUCCCUCCCUCAUGUCCUGGAGAUCUUAUGUUGACUGAAUCUCGAAAGAGCAAUGAAUUGGAUGCUGCUGCAGCCAAAGAUGUGGACAGUUCACAUGUGGCUUGUGGCACAAAAAACACUCAGUCUUAUUUAUGCAGUGUUUUGACAGAAAGUGGAGAACCUGAAAUAACAAGUGUAUUCAGCAACAUGGGCUAUGGGGUCCCCAGUACUAAAGCGGUAGUUCUACCUGAUAUGUCCAUCAUCAUGGAGCAGUCUCUUAUAGACGUGGAUGAAGAUGCAAAUCCAGAGUCUGUACAGAUGGACACAGUAUUUGAAGAAGUCACAACACCAGCCACUUCUGGUGCAAAAAAUGUAUUAACGGAGAAGACCAAAAGAACAACUGACAGCAAGCUUCCUCAGCGAGUAUUAAUCACUUGCACAAGCAAGUCAGAUCUGAAUGACAAGCCUUUUUCUGGCAAACAGAUGCUUGUUGCAAAGGACAACCAGAUAACCAGCAGCACUAAUGAUAAGCAAGCAGACAGUGCUGGUAAGGCAUGCCGCAGAGGAACUUUCAGUUUAUCCAGUGCUAAUGUUGGUCGAAGAGAAACAUUUGUUAUCAGCAAAGAUGCCCUUUCCCUUGCCCUUGAAGGAGAGAAUGGAGAAGGCAUUGACAGUGUAGAAAUGCCUGACCUUGUCUCAGAUGGAUUAUUUUCUGAUGAAGAUUGCAGACCAACCUGCAAGGAAGGAGCAAAUUCUGAAGGCAAGCAAUCUACAGCUCUCCAGCUCAUAGAGUCUAACAGAGCUAUCAAAACUGUGGAGCCAUUAAAUGGUAGAAAAAUGUUGAAUGUCACCAAUAAAGAGAUGAAUAAAGAGAAUUCACAAGGCAAGGCAAUGAAACAUUUUUCCAAAUUUAAGAAACCUACAGCACCUGUUUCACAGUGCACACAAAAAGUAAAAGACUCAAGUUUUUUCAUAACUAAUCCCUGUGCACUCAACUUGGUGCAUCAGAGGGUCACUGGUUCAAAAGAUGGCUGUCUGGACUCUGACGUAGAUUCAUUUACAACAGUAUGUGCUUCCUCAUCUUCUUCAUCUUUUGUAGAAGAAAUUAAGGCUUCUAAUCGUAUUAGUGAUAAGCUAGCUUCCAUCAUCUCUUUUCCUGGUGAUAAGAAGAAUGCUUCAGAUGGGAUACAGUGCCUGCCAAGCAGAACCGAGAAUCAGAAUCAGGGAAUUUCAGACAAAUUGGAGCCAGAGAUUAGUGACUGUACAAUGUAUUUUAACACUGAUAUGGAAUUCACAGAAAUUAUUCCACAAGUAUUAAGUCUUGAGGCGACGCCAGAAGAAAUUACUGAAGAAAAAAGUGCAAAAAAUGUAAGCACAAACCUGGAAACAGAAAAUGCAAAGAAAGGAGUGGAUGAUGAGAAUGUGACUCAAGAAGUUGCAUCAAAAGCAAAAUCUGGCAUCAAGCCUAGUGAAACUUCAAGCAAUCAAGACUCAAUUUACAAUUCCAGGCAUACAUCAAGAACUGAUGAUAAAAAAAUUCCAGUGGCAUUGCGUGUGAGCAAACCAGGACAGAUGGUGUUUGCUGUGUCCAGAAAAGAGGAGGAUGGUUCACGAAAAGCAAUCCCUGCCAAGCUUUCAACUAAAGCACGCUCAAAAUCUAAAAAAGAAAUUGAUGAAAUGAAGAAACACUUAUCUGCAGAAGAACCUAAGACUGUUUUUGAUUUUCAUGACAAAACUCCUCAGCAUAAGUCAGACAAAUCGAAGGCAGCCAAUUCCAUCUUUGAUUUGUCUGUUGGUGAAAGUGUGCCUACCUCUGUUCCAUCUCUUGCCAGUGUGAGGGAAAAGCUAAAAACCUUAGGUAGAGAACUGGGAAUCUCUGUGGUUGGGCAAGACCUUCCAGAAAGCACAGAAGAACCUUUGAGCAGCAGUACAAAAUCUGAGCAGGAGUUAAAUAAGAAGCCUAAAGUAACAACUCUACUUGGGGAUGCUCCCGAAUAUAGACUGCCUUUGAAGAUGGAUAACUCUCCGUAUCUUGUGAAAAACAAAUCUGGUGGGGGUUGUUCUAGACCAAGAAGCUGUUCGCGAGGUAGAGACUCACAGAGCAGAAGCAAAAGCAGGUCCAGGUCCAGGAAAGAUAAAGUUGCAGGAAAAGAGGAGGAUGUUGAAAGAAUUGCAGGAGAAAGCAGGACAGCAGAAGCAGAGUCAAGUGCUGCUGAAAUUCAAGAGCCCAGUACUAGUGGCAGCAGAAUGAGAGGUCGUAGUAGAAGCAGGCAUAGAAAGUCCUCAGAUCAGUGUCAGCCUGCCCCAGUAGAUACAGAAAAUCCACUGGAACCAAGACGCAGCGCAAGAAGCAAAAACAGCAUCCGAAAACGAUAUGUGGAAGAGGACAGUACUAGCAAUCUUGAUGACUCCCUAAACAUGGACAGUGCAAAAGAAAGUGUUAAAAAUCAAGAUCGAGUGUGUGGUGGAGGAAAAAAACAUGAUGAAGAUAGUGACAACCCCAUUUUUGCUAAAAACAAGUCUUCAAAACAGAGAGGCAGGAGCAGAAGCAGGCAUAAAAUUGAAAAGCAUGGUAUUGCUGAUCAAGUUCAUAGUGCUAACACCAUGUGCAAUAAUUCUGCCAGUGAUGGAGAUUUAGAAGGAAGGGAAGCUGAAAGUCAAGCCUGUAGAUCAAACAAGAUUAAGAGCCAGAAGAAUGGGGAUGAUGUUUGUGAUAAGGCACAAUCUACAGUAUGUGCAGUCAAUGCAGGUGCAAGUGAAGGCACUAAGAAUAUAUCAGCUCAAGUGUCUACCAGUCUCAAAGAUGUUGUUGCUGGAGGUACUGCUAAAAUGGUUGAGAGACGACAUAGAAGCAAAAGUAGACAUAAAAAAUUGCCUGAUGAAUCAGAUUAUGUUGAAGUUCUUCCCUGUACCAGUAACAAAGAAGUUGAUAUACUGGUUGGAGGGAGUACUAAAAUGACUGAGAGACAACACAGAAGCAAAAACAAACAUCGGAAAUUGCCUGAUGAAUCAGAGAAUGUUGAGGAAGCUCCUCUGUUUAUCAGUACCAAAGAUGUUGAUGCUGGUUGGAGCAAAUACUAAAGUGUCCGAUGGACGACACAGAAGCAAAAGAAUACGUGGGAAGUGUAAGUCAGAAAGUGGUGAAGAAGCAUUCGAGUCUCUCUCAACUGACAUCCCAGUUUUAGGGAAGAACACAGUGAAAGAAACCAAAAGCAGCAGUGCU